AUGUGGUUCAUUAAGGUGCUCAACGAUCUGAUGAAUGGACGUGAAUGGGAAGAAUCGGGACAUUUUCCAAGAGUCACACUUUGCGACUUUGAAGUGAAAGUCUUAGGCAAUGUUCAUCGCCAUACUGUCCAAUGCGUGCUGAUGAUCAACAUGUUCAAUGAGAAGAUUUUCCUAUUUCUAUGGUAA